CAAGUUGCGCAGCAGACUACAGACAGCUGCAGACAGGUACAGGACGUGGGUAAACAUGGCCGCUGCGGUUCUGGGCACCGUCCUGAGAAAAUCUGCAGGAUUUCCUCUCGUGGGAAAAGGCUUGCUGAAAAAUGGAGCUGGCCUCUAUUUUAUCGACCAAAAGCGAGAUGCUCAUCAAUCUGGUAUCGAUAUGGAAUACCUAAAACAGUUCCAUGGUCCGGUAAUGUACCCGGAUGAAUACACGUCGCAGUAUCCGACGACCUAUAGAAUUGAACUGGAGCCACCUCGUGAACAGGUUAUUCAGAAUUCGUUUUUGAAUUUUGGGCCGCAACAUCCGGCAGCUCACGGUGUGCUACGUCUGGUGCUUGAACUUGACGCUGAAACCGUUAUAAGAUCUGAUCCUCACAUUGGACUGCUGCACCGUGGAACUGAGAAAUUGAUCGAAUAUAAAACCUACACCCAGGCUUUACCCUAUUUCGAUCGUCUCGAUUACGUCUCGAUGAUGUGCAACGAACAGUGCUACUCAUUGGCUGUUGAGAAAUUGCUUAACAUCGAUGUUCCAAUUCGCGCUAAGUACAUUCGUGUUCUUUUUGCUGAGAUCACCCGAAUUCUAAAUCAUAUUAUGGGUAUUGGUACUCAUGCGUUGGAUAUCGGAGCCCUGACUCCAUUUUUCUGGCUGUUCGAAGAGCGUGAGAAACUUAUGGAAUUUUACGAGCGUGUUAGUGGUGCCCGUAUGCACGCGGCCUAUAUUCGACCAGGUGGAGUUGCAUUGGACAUGCCAUUGGGUCUGAUGGAUGACAUCUAUGAGUUCGCUACUAAGUUUGCAGAAAGAUGUGAUGAAGUUGAAGAUCUCUUGACAGAGAACAGAAUCUGGGUAGCACGCACCGUAGACGUAGGUGUAGUUUCCUAUGAAGAUGCACUAAAUUGUGGAUUUAGUGGUGUCAUGCUGCGUGGUUCUGGAAUAAAAUGGGACCUACGAAAGUCGCAGCCGUAUGACGCUUAUCAUUUGGUUGACUUUGAUGUUCCCAUUGGAGUCAAAGGAGAUUGUUACGAUAGAUAUCUCUGCCGUGUGGAAGAAAUGCGUCAGUCUCUAAGAAUCAUUCAUCAGUGUUUGAAUCAGAUGCCUCCAGGUGAAAUCCGUACUGAUGAUGCGAAAAUCGCUCCACCACCUCGCUCGGAAAUGAAGUCCAGCAUGGAAGCACUCAUUCAUCAUUUCAAACUCUUCAGUCAGGGCUACCAGGUACCGCCUGGCGCUACUUAUACAGCAAUUGAAGCGCCAAAGGGAGAAUUUGGUGUGUAUCUUGUCAGCGAUGGCGGCAGCAAACCGUAUCGCUGUAAGAUCAAAGCGCCUGGUUUUGCUCACUUGGCUGCCCUAGAUAUGAUCGGGAAAAAACAUAUGUUGGCAGAUAUUGUGGCCAUCAUUGGUACACUGGAUGUAGUAUUUGGCGAGAUUGAUCGAUGAGUUAACUGAACUGGCAGUCGUGUAUAGACAUAUAGAAAUAUCGAAGCAGUGAAGCAUCUAAUUUAUGUACUUGAAUGAAUUCAAGUAUUGCGAAGAAAGAGUUAGAGGAAUCUCAAUAGUAAGGUUUUUAUAAGUAUAUUUAAAAUGUUAACGGCGUAUUAUUUCUCACGCGCCUUCUCUCAAUAAUAAUACCCGAUAUUAGAUCUGGAUCUUACAAGUAAUGACGAAAUUUUAUAUUUUGAAUCAGAACAGCUCGCGUUUGCAAUUACCUAUGUAUAAACAAAUUAACUCGCUGUGAAAUAUUUAAAAGAAGACGAAUUAAGAUUAUUGUUGCUGCAGGGUUUAGCCCCUCUAAAUGCUCUUCACAUCUUACAGUGUUGUUUUUAAACGAUUGAAUAAAUAUAUUACCAGUGA